AUGAACAGCAGCCACAUGUCGAUGAGGAUUCUGUUGCUGGCGCUGCUGCCUUUGCUGUUCGGCGACACAUCAGCUAGACAUCUGAAAGUUCGGCCCCUGCGUCGCGAAGAGGUCCACGAACUGGGCAGCUCUCCGGCCCUGGGACGAUCUGUAUCCAGUGGGUUUGCUGCCUUGACUGGCUUUGCCCUAGGCCUGGGAAAGGCCCUGACCGGGGUUUUUAUCUACGACGUGAUCAUCGCCAACGUAACCGACAUCGAAGAGAGCGAAAGUUCAGCAAGUGAGGCCACAGUCAGAGAGAUCUGCUUCAACACGGAGAGAUCAGGGAACGAUCUAACACCUUACAACGAUGUGGAUAGCGAUGUCGAUAUGACUGUAAUCUGA